AUGAAGGCCACCCAAAAGGAAAUGGCCAAGGCUCGCAUUCCCCUCGAAUACCGUGAUUAUUGCGCACAUCUUUUGAUUCCUCUCAACAAAUGCAGAGGCGAAACCUUUUACCUUCCUUGGAAAUGCGAGAAUGAACGUCAUGAAUACGAAAAAUGUCAAUAUGAUGACUACAAACGACGUAUGCGCGCACUGAAAAAAGCAAAAGCAGACGAAGACGAAGAAUAA